CAAAGUGAAAAGAGGAAGAGGGAUGAGGUGGAGAGAGAAUACGAGGAGAAAAAGUACAGAGCGAAAACUGAAGAAGAAGUACAGAAGGUGGUGGUGGGAGAGAGGAGAAAGAAAGCAGAUGAGACAGAGGAUAUGUUGGCGACUUCGAAAGACGAAGGUUUCGAUGAUGAGAAUAAGCUCUUGAGGACUGUUUUUGUUGGGAAUUUGCCUUUGAAGGUCAAGAAGAAGUUGCUUUUGAAGGAGUUUAGUAAGUUUGGGGAAGUUGAGUCGAUAAGGAUCCGCUCUGUGCCAAUCUUAGAUACUAAAACACCAAGAAAGGGAGCUAUACUACAAAAGAAAAUCAAUGAAGAUGCAGACAGUGUUCAUGCAUACAUUGUUUUCAAAUCAGAACAAUUUGCUGAGGGUGCUUUGUGCCAUAAUAUGGCCGUGGUUGGAGGAAAUCAUAUUCGUGUGGAUAGGGCCUGCCCACCACGCAAGAAGUUGAAGGGGGAGGAUGCUCCACUUUAUGAUAACAAGAGGACUGUAUUUGUGGGUAACCUUCCAUUCGAUGUAAAGGAUGAAGAAAUUUAUCAGCUCUUUUGUGGUCUUAACAAUUUGGGAUCCAGUGUUGAAGCUGUUCGGGUAAUUAGACAUCCUCAUAUGAGAGUGGGGAAGGGUAUUGCUUAUGUCUUAUUUAAAACAAGGGAAGCUGCAAAUUUGGUUGUUAAGAAGCGUAACUUAAAGCUUCGGGAUAGGGAACUGAGGCUUUCACAUGCUGGGCAGAAUUCCACCCCAUCCAAGAGAAAGAAUGUAGCAUCUGCAGUUAAUCCCCAUUCAAAGAAAUUUGCAGUGGAUUCAAGGAGUCCAGGCAGUGCUGAUCAAUUGAAUUCAAAGGCUACUUUGUCAUACCAGGGUUUGCGGGCUAGCAAAUCUGGUACACAAAAGAAAGUCCAUUUAGGGAGCAGUGGAUCAGGUAAGAUGAUGAAAACAAAAGUUCAGAAAGGGGAGAAGGCAAAAAUACAUCAAGAGAAAAGACCGGCGGUUGCUCUGAGGAAGGCAAGGGCAAAUGCUUCAAAGGAUGGUGGUCCUCUGAAACAAGUAGGGACAAAGCGCAAGCUGGACAGCCGGACUCCAGACAGUUCUCAGAGGAAGAAGAAAGCCAAGAGAUUUAGGUAGGGUAGGGGCAGAUGAAAGAAGUUAAAGUGGACAUGAGUAAGAUACAGGCAUUAGCUCUAUGCUGAGGAUUUUAUAAUGUACCCAAUUAUUUGUAUCAUGGAUAUGAAAACCUGUAUCAGUAUGUUAAGAUAUUUAUCAAUCGUAUGCAAGUGUAAUGACAAUUAUGUUGUCUU